AUGCUUCAUUCUCGAACGUUCUCAGUUGCUCUUGCAGUGGUUUUAACUCUUCUCUCUUUACAAAUCAUGACGACAUGCUGUGUCACAGCCAGUUUUCCUGCUUCAAACGUUGAGAUUGCAGGAGGUGGUUCAUCAUUAUCCGAAGGAGUACAUAAAUCACUGAGUCAACAAUUUUCCAUCAAUCACUUUACCAAUAACAUUGAACUCACUUACAAUCCUGUAGGCAGUAGUACUGGAAUUACAAAUUUACUUCCCUUCACAAGCAACCCAUUCGAUUAUGCUGGAAGUGAAGUCAUUCCUUCUACAACUCAAUACGAUCAAGUACCAGGACUUCAAGUACUUCCUUUCAUUGGAGUCAAUGUUUUAAUCAUUUACCAUUUACCAGAAUUAUCCAGUUCUGACAAAUUAAUUUUGGAUCGAAAAGUAUUGGUGGAUAUCUUUGCUGGAAGAAUUGCUAAUUGGAAUGAUGCUUCGAUUACUGCUCUGAAUCCUUCCAUCGCCAGUAAAUUACCAAAUCAACCUAUUAAGCGUGUCGUACGAUCUGACUCUUCAGGCACCACUGAAUUAUUCACAAGUGCAUUGACCGCUUUUGCUUCCAAUGGAGCCACUACAUGGCCUCUCGGAACAGUCGCAUCUGCUACCACUUGGCCCAAUGAAAAUUCAUCCAAUAUUUCCAAACAAAAAGGAAGUUCUGGAGUUGCUAAUUAUGUCCUUCUCAAUGCUUAUACCAUUGCAUACAACACACCUGAUUCCAUUAUUGAACAACCUUCAGCUUCAAUCAUUAAUGCUGCUGGAAAUGCUGUUGCUGCCACUGAAGAAACAUGUAAAAGUGCCAUGUCUGAUUUCAAAGAUGCAUUCGAUAGUCGUUUCACUGCAAAUAUCGUGAAUGCGCCUGGUGCAAAUAGUUAUCCAAUUUCAGGCUAUUCUUAUUUGAUUUAUAAGAGCAAAUCCAUGGAAGAAUGUAACGCUGCCAAAGUUCUCUAUCGAUACUUCAUGUUCCUUUAUUCAUCUGAGGCUGAGGCGUUUAUUAUUUCUUCUACUUUUGUUCCACUCCCUUCUGAUAUUCAAGCUAGAAUUAGAAAUGAUUAUUUGAGCAAAUGGAUUUGUACGUCCACAGAAAGUGUAGUCACCACUGAUUCUGAUUUAGUGGCUCCAAUAUUGUUGGCUAUUUUGGUGGAUUGA